UCACUUAUGUGGAACGUCGAGUUUGCGCAAAAUUCACAUGAUUAAAACUAUAAAAAUAAAAACCGCUACACAAAAAUGUAAUAUUCUUAAAGUGGUUCUGUACAGUCGCACAUCAAAGUAUUAUGAGAAUAUAUUGUUUGUUAAAAUGGCAUCAAAAAUGUUCGUAACUUUGCCCGGAGGCUUGAAGAUGCCGGCUCUUGGACUUGGCACUUGGCAAGCAAAAGAUAAAAAUGAGCUUGUAAAUGCUCUAAACUCGGCUCUCGAAGUUGGCUAUCGACACAUCGACACUGCUUUUGUUUAUGAAAAUGAAAAAAUCAUCGGUGAUGUGUUAAAACAAUGGUUCACUUCCGGUAAAUUGAAACGGGAAGAUCUAUUUAUUACAACAAAACUUCCCAUGUAUGGUGUGCAUCCUGACCGGGUUGAAUUUUUCAUGAAAAAAUCGUUGGAAAAUUUACAAAUUGAUUAUGUUGACUUGUAUUUGAUACAUUUUCCUAUUGGAUUUAAAUAUGAUAGUAGUACAGGUCGUCCUCUACUUAAUGACAAACAGCAAAUGGUAACGGAAGGUAAAACAGAUCAUGCUGCUGUUUGGAAGAAAAUGGAAGAACAAGUUGAUGCCGGCCGGACCAAAACCAUCGGUCUUUCAAAUUACAACAUUUCACAAAUCGAAACAGUUUUAAAAUCUGCUAGAAUUAAACCCGCAAAUUUACAAGUCGAACUUCACGUUUAUUUGCAACAAAGGGCACUUGUUGAUUUUUGCCACAAAAAUGAUAUUACUGUAGUUGCCUAUUCACCAUUGGCUUCACCAGGUUACAACAAAUUUUUACAAGGAUUAGGAAAAGAGCCGAAAAAGCUGCCUGAAAUACUUUCCGAUCCUGUCGUCAAUAAAAUAGCAAAAAAACACUCAAAAACGCCAGCUCAGGUUGUACUGAGAUUUUUGUUGCAAAGAGGAAUCGCUGCAAUACCGAAAAGUGUUACCCCAAAAAGGCUUCAAGAAAAUAUAAACAUAUUUGAUUUCAAACUCGAUGAUAAUGAAUUUAAGGAAAUGUGGAAUUUGGAAGUUGGUGAAGAUGCCAGAGUUUGUGACUUUAGAUUGUUUAAUAUUGAGGACCAUCCAGACUUUCCGAUGAAACGCUAAGAAUUUACAGUAAUUUUAUAACAAAUCCACUGUUAUUGCAAUUAAAAGAUGAAUAAAACUUGUAUGCACCACAA